CAAAAACGCUUAUAUAAACGGUUUUCUUUUCAGCGCGAAAUUCGUUUCUCUGAUCGUGGAGGAAGAUGGAGGAGUACUUGCAGCACAUGAAGGCUCUGCGCUUUCAAAUGAACGAUGUGGAGGAUGAAGCGGCGAAGAUUUCGGUCGAAGAGGAAAUGCAAUUGACCAACAUUCGCACUUUGGAAAACGACUUCCAAUUUGCAAAAUCUGGAAUUACGAAACUCAAUGAAGACACCGAAAAGAUGAAGGCGGCAAAGGGUGAGAUUUGCUCAAAGAUAUUGGAUAAACAGAAAAGGAUUGCCACUUUGGAGUCUGACACAACCAAACUCUCCCAGACUUUGGAGCUUAUUCAGCAAGAGAGAGUUGGGUUAGCUGCCAAACUUUCAGAGAAGAGAGCCUACUAUAACAAGGUUGCGGAGGACAUGAAUGCCAAAUUACAGAAGCAACAGGAAUGGAACAAUUCUAAAAAGAUUAGCAGGGAACGGAAAAAGCGUGAUUUGGUUACAGAAAAGGCUGCUGGGCAACGAAGUAAAGUUGAAGGGAAGGAUGGUGCAGAUGGUAACCUUGUCAUGGAUAACAUGGGGAGUGAUGUAAGGAAGGAUUUAAUAAUUGAAUUGGAUAAUGCUAAAGCAACCCUUGAUGGGAUUCUUGCUCUGAAAGCCAAAGUUCUUACAGAGAACAACAAGAUAAAACGGGCUAUUGAGGAUGUGAAGUGCAGAGAAAAUGAGUUUAAGCCUGAGCUAAAAGCAGCAGAUAUAACUGCUCUUGAAGAGGAAUGUACAGCCCUUAUUUCAGACAAAGCAGGAGAAGCUGAAUACUUGCAAUCUCUAGAGAAACAAGUUGAGAAACUCGAGCAAAUUCGCCAUGUGGUAAAAUGUGCUUGUGGAGAGGAAUACACAGUUGCAGUAAAUAUGUAAUACUUACAACCAUUCAAUCCCAAAAGAAACAUCUGUACAAAAUGAGUUAGAGUUUUAUAUGGUAACAUCCCCCCUCAAAUUGAUGCUGGUUAAUCAAGAAGCAUCAAUUUGUGAACAAGAAACUGAUGAAAUUGUCUAGGGAGAGACUUGGUAGACAUAUCAGCCAUUUGCAAAGUUGUGGAAACAUGUGAAAGAUAAAUGACCCAAGUAGUAUCUACAACUUGACAAAUAUAGUGAUAAUUCACUUCAAUAUGCUGGUACCAUGGUUGAUAUUGGAUGAGUAGCUAUUUGAAUGGCAUUUGGAUUUUGGAGACAAUAUACUGCUUAUGUUUUUAUGUGAUAUCAGAGUCUAUAUGAAAUAUGUUGUGAUACCCUC